CUGUUAAUGCGGUGUGUGAUGACGGAAACAUUUCACGAAGAAAAUGCUUCUUUUCCUUACUCCUCAAUUCAUGUUCAAGCUAUUCCAAGGCAAAAUUUCGAAGUUUGAGCUAUGAUAUUCCUUAUUAUUCGUCUUUGAGCAUUCGUUAUCUUGGCUAUUCAAUUUAUUAUUUGGCAAUAAAAUUGUCAUGGCAACUCCUGCUCUGCAUUUAAGUAUUGAAGCUUGGCUUGAGAAAUUGGACUUGACAAUUUAUCGAUCCUUAUUUUUGGAUUACCAUGGUGUAGAGGAUAUUUUAUGGAUGUCAGAAAGAGAUUUGAAAAAUAUUGGUAUCAAUAAUGGAGGUCACAGAGCACGUAUCAGCACCUCUUUGUCUUUUUUGAAAGAUAAAUACAAUAAAAGUUUUGGAGGCAAAGAUGGCAUGGAUAUUGAAGGAAAUAUUUUGCAGAAAACUAAUGCCAACAAAUCUUUCAACAGUAUAUCACCAGUGCAUUGCUUAAAUGUAGAGAAGCACCAUUCAGGCGUACGUAGUUGGCCAUCAAGUGGACAGGCCAGUGCUCACAGUACAAAAACUUCUAGUCCCCGAUCAAACAUUGAUGGUUAUGCUGGAACGGAUGCCACAGCAGAGGAUUUGAAGCGUGCAUUAGAGAAAGAAUUAAGCUUGGAUGGUUCGGAUUUGCGUAGUUAUGCUUGGUAUCACGGUACAAUUCUGAGGCAGAGAGCUGAAAACUUGAUGUCUCAAGACGGUGAUUUUUUAGUGAGAGACUGCAUUUCACAACCUGGUGAUUUUGUUAUAACUUGUAAAUGGGCUGGUCUUGCUCUUCAUUUCAUUAUCAAAAAAAUUAUUUUGCAGCCUGAUACAGUUUAUGAAAGGAUACAGUACUGUUUUGAAGGCUAUAGUUUUGAUAGUAUUCCAGAUUUCAUUACCUUUUAUGUGGGCAGUAAAUGCCCAUUAUCUUUGAGUUCGGGAGCCAUAAUUUCUCGUCCAAUCAAUCGUACGAUGCCUUUGUCAUAUUAUGCUUCUCGUUAUGGAAUUCAGUGCCAAAUUCAUUAUGCUGCAAAAGCUCUUGAGAAAAUUCCUCCUGUUUCUCUUAGCUGUGACAACAGUCCCAACAGACAAAGUGUUCCUGUUCGUAAAACUGAAAAGGCUCCAAAUCCUGCUAUACCAAGUGAAUUAAACAAAAAUUCUAUCCAUGCUGAAAACAUUCAAAAUAUGCUUCAAAACAAAGAAGUUAAAAACAUUAAAAAGCUUGGCCAUACUUUGACGAGAGUAGGAAGCGAUCCUAUGCUCAGUCCAAACACCGAAAGACGCAGAUUAGAAAACAGACCUAAUUCAGUUUCUUUUAGCAGUAGUAGUGAUCAGUCUUGUACUUUGAAAGAUGAAAAACCUCCACCAAAACCAAGUCGUGUGCCUUCAGUAAAAUUGGCUCAAAAGCCAAUUGUUGCAAUAAGAAAUAGGACUAUAUCAAUUGAUGAAGUCAUUGAAGAAUCACAGGAGGGUAUCCCGAUACGAGCUGCAUCUUUGGCUCAUAGGUUUCAAAGACAAAUAUCUGAAACUCGUUUUUCAUUUUUAGACAGGCCCAGUGUUUCAGAUGAUGGCAGCACUGCUUCAGACAAUCAUAUUUUUGAAGAAUUUACAGUUCCUGAAUUAAAUCCACCUUCUGCAUUUCAACCUCAGAUGUUCCAAACAGUAUUGCUGAGUGCAGAAAAUGCGCCUUUAGAAGGUUCUGUGCUGCAGAAAGUCAAAGAAAUGUUAUUAACUACUCCAUCAAAAAUAAUAGCUUAUCAUUUGACGAGGAUAGACUUGGAAAUUGCAAAAAACUUUCACGAUACGGAUCUAGGUGCUGGAGUUACAAAUGGCCUGGAACUACUACUACUUCCUCAAGGAGAGCAAUUACGAAAUGAUUUAAAAGAAAGAACCGAAUGCAUGAAGUUGUUUGUUUCUGUGAUAAUUUUAACUACACCUGUUGAAGAAGAAAGAGUUGAACUACUAAGUAAAUGGAUAGAAAUAGCAAUUGAAACGAAAACAUCAACAGGAAAUUUUUAUGGUUUUUCAUCAAUUAUGCUUGCUUUGACGCUUCCAGAAAUUGCAGAACUACACUCAACAUGGCUUGCAUUGAGACAUUCUCAUACAGAAGUGGCAUUUGUGUUUGAAACAAAAUUGAAACCUUUAUUUAAAGCCCUUGAAAACGCUACAGAUAUAGAUGUGCCAAAUAUAUGUAUUCCGUAUUUGUUAUCUCUCAUAUUCAUUCUGCAAAAGCAUGGAGAAUUGAUGACUUUUAUCGAUGUGCAACCAUUUGAUAAUGAAACAAUUAGUAAAAAUAUGCUUGAUUUUUACCUGCCUGGAGGUCAGAUAGCUGAUGACUAUGGGCUUCAAUUGCUUGCAGAUCAUUUAGAACUUGGGAGAAAUAUAAUGCAGAACUAUCAAAUGUUUAAUAAAAAUGGCCAGAUGUUUUCAAAAUCACAUAAGUACGACAAUGCGUUGCUUGAUGUGUUUCAUACGGAAUUUCAUUUACGUAUGCUUUGGGGAUACAGAGGAUGUAUUGUGGCAUGUGAUGAAAGGUACCAAAAGUUUCUGAAGGUGUUGAAUUUCUUUCAUAAUAAGUGCAAUGAAACUGCUUCAGAAUAACUAC